GCCGGGAGACUCAGCCAUGAGGUGGAGAGCAUACAGAUGCACCAGUUGUUUACCGUGAUUUUUUUAUAGUCAUUGUAUUGAAAGUGCCGUGAUCAAGUAAAGAAAUCGUUUUGGAUUCGGAGUAAAGCGGCGUUUGCGCAGCUCUGUAAGAUGAUUUGAUGUAACAGUCUGUGAUCGGUGGCACAUGCAUGCAAGACGACCGAGCGAGAUAUUUAGGCGUGUAGAGGAGCCGGAUUUGCAAGGAUUCUGGUAAAACAUGUCUGAGGAGGUUAGCAGAGUAAAAUUCAGCUGAUGCUCUGAGUCCAUCUGGGCUUUUUAGAGCAAUCCGAGAAACACUGACGUUUAAAUUGCAUGGGGCUAUUUUUUCCUCUGCGAGCGGUUCUCCUCCUGCACUGUCAUCUUGUUUUCACUAAUUAAGAUAUAAUCAAGGCUGGCAAGAAUUACACCAAAGCAUAUGAAAACAUCAUCCUUCUUUGCCCAAAGAAGGUCAGAAUUGGAACCUGCUUGGUCAAUCAUUUAAGAUGUUACUAUAGGAAAGACUGUGGCAGGGAAUACAUGUUGAUGAAACUCAUUUGUUCAGGGUGAAAGAACUCAGAGAGGAGCUAAUGGCUGGAGUUGGGCUUCUUGCGAGCUGACAUGAAAGUCUUCCACCCCGCAUAUUUAAAAAUUCAAACAGGUCAGGAUUAAAAUUUAAACACUGCAGACUUGAGAAUCUAAUCCACUGAGGGAUGAAAGUCUGGGGAGCGUUCCUAAUCUGCGGUCCUCAGAGAGUAAGCUCAAACCAGAGCAGUCAUGCUCAUGAGUACGCAGACUGCCAAGAAGGGGGUAAUGAAGCCAGCCUUCUGGUGUCCCCUCUGGUGGUGGCUGGCAUCGUCAUCGGCCUGGUGCUCUUCCUCUCCUGCGUCACCAUCAUUGUGGGCAGUCUGCGCAAAGACAGCCGCCUGCGCAACCCCCACCUGCAUGCCAGCUACGCUCCAGAUGGCCUCUCAUAUGGUGGCUCCAUUGGAGAGCUGAGAUCCACUUGUGUUGAGGACUUUCCCCCUGCAUUUGACUUUGACUCCUACGUGGAGACGCUGUCUCAAGUCAACGUCAUGUACCCAGACUCCCCACCUCAUUAUGAUGAAUGUGUGGGACAAGGGACGCAGAUAUAUGUUCCUACGGACGAUCCGCCCCCCUACUCCCUCACAGACCCGUGCCGGGAGCAACCCGCCCCACACCAUCACACAGAGAUUGAGGAUCUGCUCGCUGGGGCUUCUUGGGUGUCAGCAAGUGGCUCUUCCCAUUUCCCAACCAGACUACAGGACUUCAGGCACCAGCCGAUCGCCUCCAUCUCUUUGUCAGCCUUACCUUUAGAUGAGGCGCCCCCAUACGAGUCAGUAGUGAGUGAACAAAACCAGCCCCUUCCUCUGAUGCCCCUGGAUCUGCUCAAACACACUACAGCGGAGAGCAGUCCUCAAGACAGCGUUUCCCACAGGAUCCUGUAAUCGUGGCCUCUCCAGCACACUCAUGCGCCACCUUUACCAAACCAGCUUUGAGAGGGACUCUUUUGCGUGGCUGGGGUCUCCUGAGUCAAGAGCUGAAACCGACACCUGCAGAAGCCCACAGUUACCUCUCACUUCAGCUGACACAGAUACUGCACCUCCUGUUUUAUGUGACACUGCAGGAGCCACCAUAAGAGCACAGGGCUAUCGACCACUUUUUUGUGCGUCACCUCACCUUGUCUUUUGCUUAUGGUGUAAUUAAAUAUCAGCGUGUGUCUUCUCUUAUUGGUAGACUGAUUUCAAUUUCACAAGCAUCACAGCUAAUUUCAACAACCAUCGAAAUGUGCCCUUCAGGAUGUCAGAAAAGAGGAGAAAGCCUCUUAAUAAACCUGGGACCAUUAUAGAGAAAUUUACAUAGGAAUAGAAAUAUAUCUUUAUUUUAAGUGUGAAAAUAUGUGUUCCUGCAUGAGUGACUGUGUAUUUCCACAUGACUGUCUAUUACAAUUUUCUCCUUUUUUUUU